AUGUACGGGGAGUCUCAAGGCCCAGAGCCUAGAAAUCAUCUACCUAAUAGUACUGAACAGCCAGCCCCGGGUGCAUCCGUUUGCAAUUCCCACUACGUGGCCUGGGAGCAGGCGCCAAAUCCGAAAAGCCAUUUCUCAAUUGGAGACCAGGGCGCCACGGCAAGCAUAAAUGCUUAUGGGCAGAUAAUACUUUUCAGAAACUUCUUGGGCGUUGAACCCGCUGGUUUCAUUGCUUUGGAACAAUUAUACGACUCGAUCGCUGCGACUAAGUUUGACCACUGCAUGGCUGAGCGGGCCAAACAACUGGAAUGGAUGUCUCGAAAUCCUCUUCCCAUAGGAGAAACUGCAUUCGGUCUCAAAUUCCCUGGCUUGGAAAUUGGGAAAGAGCUCCCUCGCCUAAGCUUAUUGCGGUACAGAUGGCCAAGAUACCAAUACCGCACCGACAAGUGGGAACUGGAUAUCCAUUGGAUGAUGCACGAUGGCCACCUGUUGCAACAAUGCAUUGUUAGGAACUUGGAACCCAGCCCCUUGGAUGUAGAGUUUGAAUUCUGCAAUCCUGGCUCUUCCAUGGUUGUCCGCGACCUACGUUACACUCCGAUUGUGCUGCAUUCUGGCCAAUAUUCAAGCCAGGCUUGCCCUGAUGGGCGUGGAUGGUGUCUAACGAAGAGACUGGUGAUGUCACGAGAAACUGCCCUGAAGAGGAGGCAGUUCUACUCCCCCAGCAGCUUACAUGUUCAUGCAACCGAGGAUUCGGAUGGGCCACAUAGCAGAGAGUCGGCGGGGGUAGUGGUAUCCGUCUUUCUCAAUGGCGAGCCAAUGAGAUGGAAAGCAGCGACAUCAGCCUGGGCUCAUAGGCUGGAAGCAAGGACAAACAGCGACAUAUUUCCCUCUUCAAAUUCCAUGGAAGUUAUUGUUGCUUACCGUUUGCGUCAUUCAGAUGAUUUUGAUGCGAACUUGGGGGCAACGCCGAUACCUGCUGCUGCUGUUAAGGCCGGCGAAUUUUUAAGAAAAGAGCCUUUUUCACCAAUCCGUAUAUCUGAGAUUGAUCUAGCAAAUGAUUACCAAAGCUUCCGCAGUCCGGACCCUGCUAUCAAUGGGACUGACAACCUGAACGAGAAUAUUCUCGAAGCCUUCGAAGAUACAGCAUCGCCUGAUAAACAUAUUGAAUUUCUAAUUAGACGGCACCUUGAGCACAUUCUUUCAGUCUGCGCCAUUCCAGUACAGCAGCCACACUCAAAACAGGCCGAGCUGGGAACCGCAUGGUUCAAACCUGGACCAGGCGUUGUUCCCAUAGCCUUGACUUGCGGCGAUAUGUCGGAGCAUACCAUCUAUACCUCAUCAAGUUUUUUUGCAUUUAUGUUUCUACUUGAAGCUGCCCGCAGAUUGAAACGUAUUCACCCCGCGGACAAGUACGUGUCUGCUAUGCUGGUCAGAAUCUCAACAGUCUGUGAAGGGCACAUGGAGUGGCUCAAACUUGCAGAGCUAGAUGAAGGAAUAUUUUCACUAGAGUAUUGGCCGACAGGUAAAAUAAAGUACGUGCGCAGGUCUUUCCUCUCCGAGCUUCGUAUGCGAUCAUUUGAUACCUCAUUUCACAUCAUCAAGGCUGGGGAGUUCGCCAAAGUCUAUAAUGGGCCAGCCACCAAAGAACUAGCCCGUGUUGUUGUUGACAAGGUUUGGGAAUGCUGGAUUGAGAACCUAAGACUUUCAGACAAGAGAGGCGUAUCUGUCUGGCCACAUUAUUUCCCCAAGCUGAAAGAAGUGGCAAAGGAGUUCCGCUUAAGUGACCAGCUAUGGAUUUGGAAGGCACUUAGCAUUGUUGAAGAAACGAAAAUCUCUCCACCUUCCGCCCCUGACAGCCAGAAGAUGGGGGAUUCAGAGCUACCACGGUCAUUUUCGCCUCGUGACUUGCAACGAGGCAUUGUCAAGCGCUUCACUACCAGGAAUCCUCUGAUAAAGCAGCGUACCUUGGCAGUCACGCGUUCAGCGCGCCGGGUCCGCUUCACAUUCCAUGCGCAAGAUACGGUGCUCUUCUAUGGAGAGGAUUGGGGUUUCUUUGACAAGGAGGCAAAGUCGUGGAGCAACCUUAUCAAUUUACAGAAGAUUUGCGUGGGUAAUCAAACUUUGGAAUGGGAUAAUGCGCUUCGAUAUGGCCUGGCUCUUAUGAUGGCAGUUCGUGAAAACUCUAUCAAUGGCCAGCACCCGAGAGAGCUGAUCAAGUCUGCUUUCUUUAGGUUGAUAAAUGCUUCAGGCCAAAAUGGCUUCUUCCCGGGGAAACUGGAUUUUGAAACCAAAGAACCGAUGCAGCCCCAAACGGACAGAGACGAAAUCAGAUUCUUCAAUAAUAGUUUCCAAAUCCCAUUCAUCUUGUUUAUGAAUGCUAUUCAAAUUUCUAAAGCCUACCAAAGGCCUUGGAAGAUCGAUUACGAGCGGCCGUCGAUCGAUGAACUACAUAAUAUGCGUCUUCAGAUGGAGUCUCCUAUUCAACUUAAGACAGAGAAGUCCGACCCGAACCCCAACUCUGAGGCAGCCUCUUGGCUGAAAAAGUAUUUGCUUUUGAGUCCUCAAAACGAUCCUAUAAAUACCAUCGACAUCCAUGAAGAAGAGUGGCUAUACAACUAUCCUGAGUUUUUCUCUUCGGAAAAAAUCAUGAGCCAAGAGCUUUUUCGAAAUACUCUACAGCGGAUGCAAACUUCCAAAUAUGGUUCCGAGUGUAGCACUAUUACAAGAGGGGUAGAGGAAUAUCUAUUAAAAUUGAGGCAAGAUCCUCGAUUAUCAGAGAAGGAAACGAACGUGCCAUUUUCAGGUUGGGGUGCUUUCGACAACAUCUCCAAAACGGCUAGGGUACUUGAUGCUGCCAAGAAAAGACCAACAGAAAAGAAUGCAAUCCCCACCACACGACAGCCCAGUGAUAGUUGCUGCUUCUAUUUACAAGCAACGAAUUCGGCAUUAUGGGAGCAUAUUGGGGGGGCGCGUGACGCUCCGCAUGCGAAGAAACGUUUUAUCUGGCUGUAUAGAGCCGACAGGGAAACCGCAUUAGCAUGUUAUAUGAGCAGCCCAGAGUCUUCUCGAUACGAAAUCAGCCAAUAUUUUGACCGCCAUAGCCAAUACGAAAAAGUUUUUUCCGAAACAGUUGACAAGCUAUCUAACAGCUGGACGACUGAGUUUCAUCUUAGCUUUCAUAGGUUGCUCAGACCUGGUGAAUCAAAAGAUGCGGGGAUCCCAGAACGAAGGGAAGAGACACUUCCUGGUCGGAAGGAAAAACAAAUUGUCAAGUGCUCACUAAGUUUCUAUUUCACUGGCGACUUUUUUGACAAAUAUUGGACCUGCUACUCAGCUGAGUACCCCCCAGUAGAAGCCGGGUCCUUGCUUUUGCCGUUCCUUCAUUUAGAUCAGAAUACAGGACGACUUUGGAGCCAAAGAAAGAUCCUGGAGCUAUGGCUAUUUGACAUAGUUAUGAACAAAGUGCUGGAGGGUGCGACAGAAAUAUACCAGGAAAUUGCAAGUGAAUUCGGAUUUCGCAAUGAUGUUUUCACCAUAUCCAUUACCGACAGUGAAGACUAUUUCUCAAGAGAUUGGCUUCGGCUUCAGCAUAUGCUGGAAGCAAUCGAGUUGGAUCUCACAGAAUCGACGAAGAUCAUGAAGAGGUGGGAAAAUCGAGACAGCGACAGAGAUGGGCAACACCCUCGGUGGACCGAAAAGGACGAAUGGAAAUACGGAGACGACGUCAAAUAUUGGACUGGGGUCACGAAUGGAAAGAUAAAGAGUUUGCAGAACCUGCUUGACAAAAUGAGGGCCUUGAAAGUUGUCAUUAUUCAAAGCCAGGAGCAUGUCCGAGGUGACUUGAGUUUACGCGGUGCAGAAAACAUUCGCUUUUUCACUUAUGUGACCGUCAUUUUCUUACCUCUGAGUUUCUCUGCCGGCGUGAUGGGUAUGGAUGGUGCGCCAAGUGGCAGUUUGAUGGCUAGCAUGAUCAUUUACGCCAUUGUAUCACUUGCUCUCACAUUCAUCGCUUUGUACAACGCUGCACCGGUUGGUAAGAUUCUCAGGAAGGUCUUCAAAAGUUAUUACCAAUCCUUUACCGACUCGACAAUGCAGCAGAGCUCUCUUGUGCGGCUUCCUAGAUUUUCCUCUCGCUCAAACCUUGACACGGACACACUGAGCACAGACGAAACUGGCGUUGGGUCGGAGGAAAAUCCCACGUUGCAUCCAAAACCGGAAGAGGGCUAUAAUGCCCAUUUCUGGUUUUGGUUUACCUACAUUGUGAUAGAACUGCCCGCAAGAUGCGUUAUAUUGGGAUACGAUGCCCUAAAAGAUGGAUCUUUUAAGUGGAAAGCGUUCUACCACGUCCCAACUGCAAUAGUUAUGCUGCCAGUAUGUUUAUUGAGCUUUGCAAUUCGAGUUGCGUUUUAUAACCUAAUAGACCUGUUGAAGCUUACAGGAGGUUGGGUUAUCUGGUUCUUUUUUUCGCCUUACAACGAGAACAACAAAGAGUCCCAAGAGCAUUUCAGGUGGUUAAUACAGCCCCCAGAAUACGUUCGCCCCAUGCAUAAGAUUCAUGAUAAGAUGGAAGAAAUGAGAAAGAGGUGGGACAGCGAACAAACAGAAGCAAAGAAAGGUGGCAAGCCGAACGAGAAACCAGAUGAUCGGGUUCGCUCCUAG